GGUCGGCUUGCUUUUUUCUUUAUGGACCAAAACCAAAACACAUCUUUACUCUUUCCUUGCUUUGAAUUUUUCCUGAGAAACUCAUAGAAAAUCUCUGUUUCCCGCUUUCUCCAUUCCAAUUUCGCGCGACAAAGAGAGUGUGGAGACGCUGCCUCGUGCGUUUCCGGCGUCGGACUUCCUCUCAUUAAUCCCAAACGCCAAAAAAAGAUUUAAAAAAGCAUGCCUGAAAUUCAAUUGGGUGCUCAUACGAUAAGAUCCCAUGGAGUCACAGUGGCGAGGUUCCACAUGCAUGACUGGCUCAUUCUUCUGCUGCUUAUCGUCAUUGAAAUUGUUUUGAAUGUCAUCGAACCCUUUCAUCGCUUUGUUGGUGAGGAUAUGCUCACUGAUCUCAGAUACCCUCUUCAAGACAAUACCAUUCCCUUCUGGGCUGUCCCGUUGAUAGCUGUUGUGCUCCCCUUUGUUGUCAUUGUUGUUUACUACUUCAUCAGAAAUGAUGUUUAUGACCUGCAUCAUGCAGUUUUAGGUCUUUUAUUCUCUGUACUCAUUACUGGUGUCAUAACCGAUGCUAUAAAGGACGCUGUAGGUCGACCUCGUCCUGACUUCUUUUGGCGUUGUUUCCCUGAUGGUAUAGGGAUCUUUCACAACGUCACAAGGGAUGUUCUGUGUACUGGAAAUAAGGAUGUGGUCAAAGAGGGACACAAAAGCUUCCCCAGCGGGCACACGUCUUGGUCAUUUGCUGGUCUAGGAUUUCUAGCGUUGUACUUGUCUGGGAAAAUUAGGGUGUUUGACCAGAGGGGGCAUGUUGCAAAGCUCUGCAUUGUAUUCCUACCUCUACUGGUUGCAGCAUUGGUUGGUGUAUCCCGAGUUGAUGACUAUUGGCAUCACUGGCAAGAUGUAUUUGGAGGAUCUAUCAUAGGAUUAACGGUGGCUACGUUUUGUUAUCUGCAAUUCUUCCCUCCUCCGUACGAUCCAGAUGGUUGGGGAACUCAUGCGUACUUCCAGAUGCUCGCAGACUCGAGAAACGAUGUCCAAAAUUCAGCAGGGAUGAAUCAUCACAGCGUGAGGCAGACAGAACUGGAGAACGUGUACGUUGAUCGAGAUGAGACCUCCAUGGACAUACCAAGAAGCAGCAACACGCGAGACACAACCCGUAUGCUUGAGAACCUCUAGACUGUCUUGUACUUCAAUUAUAUCAAUCUUAGUUGUGUAUUUGGGUUAGGCAUUGAUACUUCUAAUCACAAAGGCCAAUAAAUUGUUGGAAGCCCAUUAGCUAAAAGCUUAAAACCAGAUCCCUUAUAAACGAGAAAACAAAAAAAAAACGCUAGAAGGAGGGC